UUCCGGUCUAGCCUCCUGACCGUUUGUUAUCCUACUCCAUCACAGCCAUCCGCCUUCGAUGCCUUGGACAACUUAAAUACACCGUCAUCACCACCCUUCUGUGGGAACAUUUUCUUCUCCAUCAGCAGGUCUUUCUUUACUUCCGCCUCUAUCACAUUCCUUCCUUCGGGCUUCAUUGAUUGAAGUUCUCACUUUCGUUGCGCUGGGUCGCUCACUCUUUCAGUCAAUCACUUCCAUUCUCUAAACCAGUUCUCUGUACUUCCAACUCCUUUUUAACAAAACUCGCCAAAAUGCGUCAGGCUCAGUCUUUGUCCCUCUUGACAGCUCUUCUGUCCGCCACGCGUGUGGCUGGACACGGUCAUGUCACCAACGUUGUCGUCAACGGUGUUUACUACGAGGGCUUCGACAUCAACAGCUUCCCCUACGAGUCCGACCCCCCUAAGGUGGCCGCCUGGACCACUCCUAACACUGGCAACGGUUUUAUCUCCCCCAGUGACUACGGUACCGAUGACAUUAUCUGCCACCAGAAUGCCACCAACGCCCAGGCCCACAUUGUCGUUGCGGCUGGUGACAAGAUCAACCUCCAGUGGACCGCAUGGCCCGAUUCCCACCACGGUCCUGUCCUUGACUACCUCGCUCGCUGCGACGGUGAGUGUGAGACGGUUGACAAGACCACUCUUGAGUUUUUCAAGAUUGAUGGCGUCGGUCUCAUCAGUGACACCGAAGUGCCCGGUACCUGGGGAGAUGACCAGCUGAUUGCCAACAACAACAGCUGGUUGAUCGAGAUCCCCCCGACCAUUGCUCCUGGCAACUACGUUCUUCGCCACGAGAUCAUCGCUCUCCACAGCGCUGGCACCGAGGAUGGUGCUCAGAACUACCCCCAGUGCUUCAACCUCCAGGUUACUGGCUCCGGUACUGACGAGCCCGCCGGUACCCUCGGCACCAAGCUCUACACUGAGGAUGAGGCUGGUAUCGUUGUGAACAUCUACGCCUCUCUGUCUUCCUACGCCGUCCCUGGCCCCACCCAGUACAGCGGUGCCGUCUCUGUCAGCCAAUCCACUUCGGCCAUUACCUCCACCGGAACUGCUGUUGUCGGUAGCGGCAGCGCCGUUGCCACCUCUGCCGCCGCGGCUACCACCAGCGCUGCUGCUUCUUCUGCCGCCGCGGCUACCACUGCUGCUGCCGUUACCAGCGCCAAUGCCAACACCCAAAUUGCCCAGCCCAGCAGCAGCUCCUCUUACUCCCAGAUUGCUGUGCAGGUGCCCUCCUCCUGGACCACCCUUGUGACCGUCACUCCUCCCGCCGCCGCUGCCACCACCCCUGCUGCCGCCCCUGAGCCUCAGACCCCCUCUGCCAGCUCUGGUGCCACCACUACCAGCAGCAGCAGCGGCGCCGCCCAGUCUCUCUACGGCCAGUGCGGUGGUAUCAACUGGACCGGAGCUACCUCUUGCGUUGAGGGCGCUACUUGCCACCAGUACAACCCUUACUACUACCAGUGCAUCUCUGCCUAAGCUGGACGCUUACUUUCUCUAUAGCUAGAUCAUCUAGAUUAUCUCAAAUGAGAUCUGCUGAACAUUUAUUUUAGUCUGAG